CAUACCAACAUGUGGCGUGCUGAAACGUAAACAACGAGGUUUUUCACAAACUAUAAAUUAAAAUGGCACGCAAGAAGACGAAGGUAGAGGUGGUGUUCGAUCCACAAAAGCGCAAAGAGUUUUUAACAGGGUUCCGAAAGCGAAAAAAUGAGCGCCGCACACGAGCCAAAGCCGAUUUGGCCCGCAAUCUUAAGGAAGAACGAAUCCGCAUUCGGCAAGAGGUGAAAGAUGGCUUCAAGCACAUGAAGAAAUCGUUUGAGCCGCUGCGCGAACUCACUGACGAAGAUAAGGCAGUGGAAGGUGGAUCACAACAAAAGGCCUACGAAGAUGAUGAAGUUCAAGUUAAGAUCGUCGAACUGACCACCAAUGAUUUGGCUGCCCAACGGAAUAUGCUCGGCGCCAAUGUGGCCGAAGAAAGCGAGGAGGAAGACGCCGGGGAAGUGGAGAGCGAGGAAGACGACGAGAAGCAAACUAAUCGCAUACCUGGCAUGGAUUUCGAUGUGAAUGUGAAACGAAAACGCAAAAUGAACGCAGCUGAUGAUGAUGAUGCAGCAACGAAAUCGAAGACAACCAAGGCGCAAGCCUUUGAUGGGGACAUCAAAAGCAAAAAGGAUCUAGACAGACUGAUGAAGACGAAAACGCUGAAGAAAAUGAAAAAGAGCAAACUGUUCAAGAUGAAGGAGCGCAUGGACAACAAGAACAACAUCAAGAAGGCGAAACGUGAUCGCAACAACACAAUCAAAAGUGUGCCCAAACAUCUGCGCAAGAGGUUGAAGCACGGAGCGCCAUCUGACGGGGGACAGACGCGCUAUCGUAAGGGCCGCCUAAUGAACAAGAAGGAGCGACGCAAGCGCAGCGGAGGCGGCGGCGAUUAGCCAAGAUUCACAGCCAAACUUCAUUUAAUUUAAUAUACUAAACUAUAUGCAUUAUUUACAUAGUUUAUUUGUUGUAUGGUUUAUUUACUAUUACACUAAUUGAUCGGAAAUAAACUGUAAAUAUAUCAUUUUGCUAA